AUGGCCGAAGACACGCAAACCGAAUACGACCGCGGACUUGUGAAGGCCUCAACACUCGGGAGCAUGUUCUCCACCACAGCGAAUGCCGGGAGAAGGCGUGGCAAGAUAAUGAGGGCGGACUGA